UCGCCCAUUAUAAUUAAGCAAGCAUUUUUUUGGUAAAUAUGGAUGUGAUGUAAUGGAUGUGGGUAGAAAGGAACCUCUCUAAACAUAUCCACCAUAGCUGAAUAAUUAAAACGACCGUUGAAUCAGUACCGAGACAUUUAACAUUGCAAAGAUCGUGACUAAGACAAGUGAAGGGAAUUCUAAAAUACGAUUUGAGUACGUUCGUUAAGAUAAUGAAUUAUGAGUGUGGUUGCAAGACCGAAUUCGUAGACUAUUUGUCUGUUGAAUUUGUGUGGGACACACCCAUUAAUUAGGUACGCGUGUGAAUUUUAUCGGAAAGAAGGUUACAAAACAAUGGAACCAAUUAAAAUUGUUCAAUUAGGAGGAGUAUUAAUGAACGGUGUUUUAAGGACACAUUUUUGAGAGACCGUCGAAGAAGUAACGGUCGGUCCAGCUCACCUACAGCCUCCAGCACGACGGACCGUUUCGUCUGGACCGAAAGUCAGGAAUUUUCAGUCGGAGGUGACGCCGUGAGAAAUGCACGGUCGGCGGCGUUUGUGAUAUCGGACAUGGACAGAUUAAUCGGGACGAGAUAGAAGUACAAUAUCGGUUGCAAUGAUGAAGCGACGCGUCGUCCUCGUGCUGAUCUCGGCAUCGCUCCUGGCCGCAGCCGCGGCCCAAUGUCCGUGGCAACGCGAGGUGCCGGACUUACAGUCGGCGUGUUUGUGCUCGUACAACCUGGGUCACGAACUCUCCGUGCAGUGUGACAUAGUGGACUGGUCGAAAUUGCUGGCGGCCCUCAACAAGUACGCGACCGGCACGCCCCUGGACCUGCUCUACGUGAACAACUCGACGAUUGACGUGCUCAAAGACAAUAUGCUGGCCAACUUGCAGGUGCAGAACAUCCAGUUGUCCGGUUGUAAGAUUAAAUCGGUGUCGGGCGGUGCGUUCAACGGACAAGAGAACCAUCUGAAGAACCUCAAUCUGCAGGACAACGAUUUGAACGAAGUGCCGGUGGAGAGUUUGAGGAAGUUGAGGACGCUGUCGCUUUUGGAUCUGUCGCACAACUUGAUCACCAACGUGCCGGCCGGUGCUUUCGAAACGUUAACCAAGUUGGCCACUUUGAAACUGUCGGACAAUAAUGUGACCUUAGAAACCGGCGCCUUGAGGGGGCUGGAAGGUAGCCUCAAAAACUUAAACUUAAAAGGCACGAGACAGAAGGAAAUACCCGAGGCGGUGCAAGGCAUGAAGACUUUAGCCUUCUUGGACUUGUCUCAAAACAGUCUGAGGGAACUGCCAGGAAGGGCAAACGCCUUCGCCGACCUCGACUCAUUGACGGCCUUAAAUUUGGAACGGAAUCUCAUCCAGUCGCUUGAAGAGGACGCCUUCCUCGGAGUGCACAAAACCUUAAGCUCAUUAAGCCUGUUAAAUAAUUUACUCCCAGACUUCCCCACAAAGGCCAUGAGUACCUUAAAGGAACUGCGAGUGCUGGACAUUGGAUUUAACUUGCUGACGGAACUACCCAAAGACGCCUUCAAAGGCAACCCUUCAAUAACACUUCUGGCAUUGGACGGAAAUCCCCUGGCCACAAUUCCAUUUGAAGCCUUGUCCCACUUGAACACCACCCUAAGAGGUUUGAGUUUGGGGGGCAGAUUCCUACACUGCGACUGCAGACUAGCCUGGGUCAUCGAGUGGAUCAGAAAUGGUGACCUUCAAGUGACGAGUAGAGAAAGAAACCCGCAAUUCUGCGGCAGCCCACCACGUUUCAGAGAUCGAGGCUUUUACAGCAUCCAACCUGAGGAGCUGUCUUGCAAACACGAACAACCCAAAACCACCACCACUACGACUACGACAACCACCACUAAACCGUCGGCACCACCUCCAGCGUCGAAAAAGAAUGAAGCUGUCGGGGUGGCCACUGUUGUGACUGCGGAUUUGGAUGACGUACAGCUGAAUCCGGCUGCGGCUGCGCCCCCACCAGCUUUGACAACCAAGCAGCCCACUACAAGGGUGACAACCACAACGUCUUCAGUUACAAGCACGACUUCUAGGGUUACAAGUAGUACCGCCAAGAGUACGAUCAAACCUAAAGUUAGAACCACCGUCCCCGCUUGGAAAACUACAGUUAGGCCGUCCUUGGUGAUGAACUUCCCGUCGAGGAAAGCCGAGGAAAGCAAAGAAGUCAUAGUGAAGAACGCCUUCAGACAAGACAGUUCGGUCAUCAUACAGUGGGGCUCGGAAACCGCCAACAUAUUAGGCUUCAGAGUCGUCUACAGGUUGUUCGGCGACAAGAGCUUCAAACAAGGACCACCGUUGGAAGCCAGCGAACGGGAAUUUAAAAUCAAGAACGUUCCUUCUCAGGAAUGCAUUAUUGUGUGUGUGGUGUCGUUGGAGGAAAUAAACGUCACCCCCGAAAACGUCCCUUACUCGCAAUGUCGGGAAGUAAGGACUGUGUCGUCUGCUUCGUCGAAUAUGGAUAAGAUUACAAUUGCUGCUAGUGCUGCUAUUUGCGGUACCAUUGUGGUGGCUGUUAUUGUUUUCGUUGCGGCCUCCAGGAGACGUUCCAGGAAGCUGCACGAGCUGCACCAACAGAAAAUGGGAAUGAAGGCUGGCAUGCCCAUUGCUGGUCUGCCUGUAAACUGUUGCACUGGAUUGGGGGCAGCCCCGGGAGAACCGCUCAGCUCAUUGGCCACUUUGAGUGCCUUCAAUAACAGCAAGGAUUGGGACCAAGUGUCGGCGUACAGCACCCACAGCGUUCAAAGACCAAGGAUGUACACAGUGGACCCUCCACCGUCUUUAAUACCGGACGACAUGAGGUCGCACUUCAGUUCCAAAGGCAACAAACCCAGAUCGAUUGCUGACGGUCAGUCGCAGCACAGCUUCUCCAAUCAUUCGGGCAGAUACUUGACCAACAACGUGUUCCCCAACAACCUUCUGGCUUCAAGACAAGAUUUGAGGCAAUCACGCCAGUCGUUGGCCAUGCAAUCGGACAGGAUGUCAUCACGUAUGCCCUCGCACCACGGACCCGCCCAUUCAGUCGCAUCGUCGACGAGACGCUCCCGACCCAGGUCCAGGUCCAGGGACCACCACAGACCCAGCAGUAGAUACAGCACAGCCGGCUCCACACACACGUUGAACAACUACUGCGACAAUUCGGACAACUGGACGGACCACGACAUGGACAUCUACAUGGCACGAAAUCCGACCACAAGGAACGGCCUUGUGCCGCUAUGAGUUGCUCAAAAUGAAUAGGAAACGAGGACGAGAAGCAAAGAAGCACUUAAAGGGACGUCGAAGAUGAAACGGUGAAACGACUUCAAUGGAUCGACACGAUUUUGUUAAGGCUACUAGAUUUUCAUGGUUUUUGAAAAAAUAGUAUCUAGUCAACGUUUCUUUUUUAAUGUGAAUUUUGUUAUCACUUUUGUCUUCGGCGUCGCACUCUUGUAAAAAGGCUGUUAUGUACUUUAGACGUGUUUUCAUAGUAUCAUUAUUGUUUAGUUUAUGUUGGAACUGAUCCACAAAAAAAUGAACUUAAUUUAAAUUGAUGAAUUAAUAAUGUAAUUAUGUUAUAAGCGUUAUGCAAUGCACACGUGAGUAAUGAACGUGAGUGCAGUAUAAAAGACAACUGUUUUUUAGAAUGUAAGAAAAAUCAUCAUUUUGAUGAGUUAUGUAAAUACUUAAAUAAUAAUUAUGUAAGUUAAUGUUUCGCAUUAGACACACACGUGUCAAGAUAUAUAAUAAUAUCCACAUUCUGUAAAUAUUUAUAUAUUUGCAUAAAGAAAAUAAACGAAUUUAAUUAUG